CCGUUUUCUUAACGCUCACUCUUCCCUGUGACGCGGUGUGGUUGGUCUGAGCAGCUUGGAACAAACAAUGAUGUCGGAGCAGGAGGCUCUGAAGUGCUCCAGCGCAAGGAACCGCGGGGGAGUACAGCGGGUUGAAGGGAAACUGCGAGCUAGUGUGGAAAAGGGUGAUUACUAUGAAGCGCAUCAGAUGUACCGGACCUUAUUCUUUAGGUAUAUGUCACAGGCAAAGCAUGUGGAGGCCAGGGAGCUGAUGUACAGCGGGGCUCUGCUCUUCUUCAGUUAUAAUCAGAACAGUGCGGCGGAUCUCUCCAUGCUGGUCCUGGAGUCCCUCGAGCAGUCCGACGCCAAGGUAGCGGACGACAUUUUAGAGCACCUGGCCAAGCUUUUCAGCUUGAUGGACCCCAACUCCCCCGAGCGGGUGGCCUUCGUGUCCCGGGCACUCAAGUGGUCCACCGGGGGCUCUGGGAAACUGGGGCACCCCAAACUGCACCAGCUGCUGGCUGUGACGUUGUGGAAAGAGCAGAACUACAGCGAGUCGCGCUACCACUUCCUGCACUCCUCAGACGGAGAGGGCUGUGCCCAGAUGCUGGUGGAGUACUCGGCGGCGCGCGGCUUCCGCAGCGAGGUGGACAUGUUCGUGGCGCAGGCCGUGUUACAGUUCCUCUGUCUAAAGAACAAAAGCAGUGCGUCGGUGGUGUUCAGUACCUACACACAGAAGCACCCGUCCAUAGAGAAGGGCCCCCCGUUUGGUCAGCCCCUGCUCAACUUCAUCUGGUUCCUGCUGCUGGCGGUGGACGGGGGGAAGUUAACAGUCUUCACAGUGUUGUGUGAGCAGUAUCAGCCGUCGCUGAAGAGGGACCCCAUGUAUAACGAGUACCUGGACAGGAUAGGACAGCUUUUCUUUGGAGUGCCGCCCAAACAGUCCUCUUCCUACGGCGGCUUAUUGGCUCGCCCUCUCUUCCGUCUCCCAGGAAACCUCCUCAACAGCCUGAUGGGGUCCGGAGAGGAGGAGGAGGGCGAGGAGGCGCAGGAGGACAGCAGUCCCAUCGAGCUGGACUGAGGGCCCAGGAGGAGGCGCCAGCGGCCACAGAGGGCCCCCCCCCCCCACAGCAGGGCAAGCGGUCCCCCCACCCAGUCCCCACACAUCCAACCCAGAACCAUAAAGCAGAAGCCCCCCUCCCCAAAAAACAGCCACCCCACCCCCACUCCCGGCACCGCCUGGCCUGGGCCGGGUCGGAAUGCCAAAAAAAAAAAAACAGAACAAAAAAGAAAAAGGAAAUUCAAACAAAAAGACCUUAUUCUUUUUUUUUUUGAAUGAAUGAUAAUUAUAUUUUAUUCCAGGUUAUUUUUACGUGUUUCUCCAUUGUUUUUUUUUUGGGACUCUUUAGUUCUGUCGUAUGUUUGGUUUGCGAACGGGAAAGAGAGGGGCGGCGUGGGCGGGCGGCUGCGGUCAGUUCUUUCCGGACUUUUCCUUCUCACCUCGCAGGGACGAAACGCAGGAGCACCACACGGCGUCUGCUGCUGCUUCUUCAAUCGCUUGACGUUUCACACUCGCCGUGCUCCAGUGGCCACCGGGGGCAUCUGGGCGUGGCGCACGGACCCGCUCUGUCCCAUUAGCGCACCGCUUCAUGUUUUUUUUUUGGGGGGGCGGGUGUGACACAGACCAGGCCUGUGGGCCAUCUUCCAGUGGGUGUAUUAAUAAUAGUAGUGGUAAUAACUUAUACUCUUUGUAAAUGUACAUUGACAUCUUGAACACUUAGGGUGGGCGUGCUGGACUGCAUAGGGAUGGGUUCACUUGGAGACAAGUCUGAUUGCAGUUAAACUUGCAACAGUGUAGCCAGGCUUGACUGCUGCUCCGUUACUGUGUGUAAGGGUGUGUGUGUGUGUGAGAGUGAGUGUGUGUGUACAGGUGUGUUGCUGGGUCACAUAAGCAUUUAUGUAAGCGAUUGUGUGUGGCAUGCUCCUGUGAAAGCAACUGAAUUCCAGCGUUGCUGCUAGCUUGCGCUUGUCAUACACUUGUCUCCUCCUCCUACAUUGUCCAGUUAAGGACUGCUCCUGGUUUUUUUUUGUGUUGCGAGCUGAGAGUAUGGAAUUGAAAGGUGUAAUUUGCCUGCCCCCAUUCACUCUGUUAUGCUUCUUAAGGGGACUUGCACCUGCCCCACAAGGAGAGCAGAAAAUCAUUCUGUUUGCUGUGGCCUCAUAUCACAGGCCAGCGUGUAGAAACCACCUGUUUUUCCAUUUACUGCUCAGUUCUUUCAGAUGGAAAGUGAGCGCCUCACAAUUUGAUACUAGGUAAUUGAAAAUUCCCCGUAUCCAGCAAGACAAAGGAACGGUCUUGCAAAAAUUCAGUAUUCCAGAGGGGGAGGCCUAUGCUUGUGCACUUCCAAAACAUGCCGUUUUAAAGUGUGGAUUUUAAAAAUAGGAGUUCUGGUGAAGGUUGGUUUGUGUGUGUGUGUGUGUGUAAAUACUGUACUGUCUACAAUAAGUCUGAGGACAUGCCCUUAACACAUUAGGACCAGAGACUCCUUGUCCGGAACACCCAGCUGCACCCUGGAGUUUGUAUUGGUCAAGAUAAGAAUGACAUCACAAUAAAACUAUCUGACACUACUGAAGUCUCAUGAGAAGAGUGUAACACCUUAAAUGUUUCUAUUUUGGUUUCGACAUCGACAACCCCCAACAGAGCCUGGACAGGCUGAUUACCCUUACGUUAGCCUGGAAUGUAUUCCUGUGUGUAUCGGAGCUGUGCACGCAGAAUGUUUGACGAGGAGAGUGACUGCGCGUUGGGCGAUCUUUUCCCUUUGAGUUCCAAGGGACUCGGAAGCCUACGAACCAGCAUGUUGGUCUUUUUUUCCUGUUUUUGUUUACUUGAUUUGGAAUGCCAAGGGGGUUGUUUGUUAAAUGAUUUACUAAAUAAGGAAAUAAAUGUUAUGGCUGA